GAUCUCAUUGAACAUAUUGGACAACGAGGGUGCAUGCCCCUCAUCCGGUGCAGAGAGACGAGUCCUUUUUUCUGCGCUCUGGUCUCUUUCUCCUGUGCUUGUGCGCUUCUCCGUCUCCAAGCGGGUUCUCCGCAUCCAUCGCGGCCUGGAUCAUUUCUCGUGCGCGCUGCUUUAAUCCCACAUCCAAGUAAUGAUCUUUAUAACGCGGAUCAAGUACAGUCCCGAUGAAGUGCAGAGGAUCCGAAUAGAUCUCAGUGAAACGUGUGCUGACAGACUGUACUUUUCAUUGUUUUCACUCUGUGGUCCGUCUCAACCUCUUUGCUUAGAAGACGCUUUAGUGCUGCAAUUAAAGGAAUAACGUCUGCUACAGAUGCAUCAGAGGAGCUGAUCUCUUUAGUUAGCUGCUCAAAGGGGGCAAGAAGAGAGAGAAUGUUCUAUUAAGACCCACUGGUGUGAAGUGAAUGUCACGGGGAGCUUGUGAUCUGUGCUGUAUGCAGCCAAGACUCACUUUUGUGCAAAGACGCUUUCCAGCAUGUAAUAAGUGCUGUUCCACCGUGUACUCACGUCUUGUUGGAACCGUUUUAUUGGUGUUCCAAACUGAUCUUGCGUAGACUGUAAGUGGGAAUAGGCCAGCUGAGAAUGUUUAAAGUGGCCAACAAUUCUUCUGCCUAUAGCCAAUACGUCUUUUACGCUGCGUUGAGACAACACUUCCUCGUUCACAGCCAGAUGUGGUGUGUGGGCCAUGCACCGUAUUCCUUUCAGCUGGCUUUCUUCUAUCGCUUUUGCCAUUUUUCUUGCAUUUUCACUGACUAUGGCAUGCACUUUAGAUGGGUCGAUAUGCCAGGUGUCGAACAUAUUGGCGAAUGCAUCAUCUCUCAGCCUACGAAAUCCCACAUCCAGGCAAUAAAUUCCAUAAUUUUUUGUGUAAUGCCCUUUGCCUUGGCACCAUCACUGGAAAACUUUCUUGCCUUUUCAAAAACGUCCGCCACAGACGGAGUGGGCGUGCUUGGAUUGAUUUUCCUUUUAUGUGCCACAUUCUUCUCAUAUUCAGAAUGCAGGGCUCCAGACUAACUUUUUGCAUUGGUUGCACUGGUGCGCCUAACUUUUUUUUUUUUUUUUUUAAGGUGCACCAGCACAAAAUUUAGGUGCACCCAAAUUUUUCAUUGCGUCGCCUUUAACGCCAUAAGGUCACCUUUUUAUCGCUCUUCAUAACUUUCAUAUAAUGUGAAUGAUUUUUAAACAAGGAUAAGGUAUAGAGAAAUACUUGUCUUUAUUUGAAGCACAAAUAUAUAUAUAUAUAUAUAUAUAUAAUAUAAAGAAAAUAAAGUGUUUAAAGUGCUUCACUGAGCUGAAAUUGAACAUUUCAAACUAAAACACUAUGCAAAAUAAAACAUUUGCACUAACUAACUAACACGAAUGCACUAUUUCCGGCCAUAUUCUGACCACACAGUGCAUUGCGUUAUGUCCUUUGUUGUACCUCAGCCAGGGAAAUUGUUUCAGCCAGUCCUGUCUGCAGGAAUACAGUGGGUACGGAAAGUAUUCAGACCCCUUAAAAUGUUUCACUCUUUGUUUCAUUGCAGCCAUUUGCUAAAAUCAAAAGUUCAUUUUAUUUCUCAAUAAUGUACACUCAGCACCCCAUCUUGACAGAAAAAAACAGAAAUGUAAAGUUGUUGAGUCCUUUGUCUUACAGCUGUAGGAGUUUGGUUGGUUUACCCUCACUUGGAUACUCAAAAUUACUAUUUGCAAAUGGCUUCAAAACUGUAUCAUUUGAGGGCAUCCUGGUGGGUCACCUGGUAGAGCUGAGCCCUUGCUGCAGCAGCCAUGAGUUUGAAUUUGACCUGUGGCCCUUUGCUAGGAGAAGGAAUGGUCUAACAGGAUAACCCUUCACUUCCAGGCCAAGUUGAACAGGCGUUGCUCUGUCAAAUCUUAUGCAAUCAACAACAUGGUGUGUGCCAGCCUACAGUUAAUUGUAUGAAUGUGUAUGCAAGUGCAUGCUUAUCAUCUUUUGUUAAGGGUUCUUGUUGAGCCUGCAUUGUGAUCUGUAAAACAGACUCUAAACACUGAACACACCAUGACUGAUCUGUUGUGACUCUGCUCUAAAACUGCACAUCAGCAAAUGUAGAUGGAUGCACUCAUUCACACACAAAUAAAAACAAUGUUGAGGCUGCUGAAACAGCCUUUUAUCUGUGGUAUGGUGUAGUGUUGAUGGCUGCAUUUAUUCAUCUAGAGCCAGACUUUCAGUUCUGAGUUAAUGUGGAAACAUGGCAGUUCAACAUGGCGGCCUCCACGACCUGUCCUCUUUAGAUAAAAACAGCUCCCAGGGGACAAUGGAAGCAAUAUCCUGGAAAGGGGGGCAUUGAGGUGCUCCUGCGGGGCAUUUUGUUUUCAUCAAAAAUUCACAACAAGACAAGUUGAAAUGUUCAACUACUUGAAAAUGAAUGGGGUCUGUAACAUUGAGGGCUCUAUCUCAAGCAAUUGACUUUGUACACUGGCGCUUGUAUAAUUCCUAUUUUGCACUCAACGCACAUUGGAAUUUUCCCUCCACCGACGCACGUCCUUAGGGAAUGAACUUGCGCUCCGGGGGGGCGGUUCAGCGAAAAGAGGAGGCGUGUUCCGGCACAGACUUUCCCUGAUGCUAUUUUGCUGUUUCAGAAAACAAUUCCACCACAGACCAAGAAAAACCUUGUCUAAAGUCAGUGGCGCUUAUUCAGAUGCUAUUUUAAGGGUGCAGACUUGAGGGGAUGCCCCUGAGAGGCAGCAGCAACAUCGCCACCCGGUCAAGACGGGCAUUAAUACUUUGCCGCAUCCCGGACAGCUCCUGCUCUAGCAUGUCAAACCCGGUUUGCUGCAGGAAGGGGUGGUCCUCCGGCGUGUAGUGGGUCUGGAUCCUCUGCACCUUGGUGUUUGCGCUGCUCCCUCCUCAGCUGGCCCGUGCGCACUGCUCCCGAGGCCAGGGUCUUCUUCCUGCGAAGCUACAUUACAUUGUUUUGAUUUAUUGUAUGGCUGUGUUACAUUUAUUUCAUGUCAAUAAUGUCACUUCUCGUUUUUUUACGGCCCUGACGAGAAUGUCGGUCUCCUUGGCUAUGAACCGCUCCUGGCGUGCGCCCGGCAAAUCUGCCGUUAUAAUAGCAGUCCGCCAUGGAACAAGCGCGCCUGCUUUUAAAGGGAAUGUGAGAUGACACUCUGAUUGGUUUAUUGCACGUUACGCCUAAACCACACCUAUGACUAAUGUAGCUACUUCAGACCAACCCAUUUUAGAUUUGCGCCGGGCACAAGAGUCAUUUAUCCCGCCUGCAUAAUAGCAACAGCACCCGAGAUCCGCCCACAAAGCUACUUGCGUUUUGUGUUUGAUACUUGCGUUUCAGAUCGGCAAGUUAGGGCCCUAAAACUUGGUAGUUUACACCACUGUGACUAGACAAGACAGUGUAUGGUUUCUAUAGCAGCAUCUCUUCAGUGUUUCUUUCAGUUUUAUGUAGCUCACCUCCAUGCUGCCGUCAUAGGAUCAGGAUGGUAAAUGGUAAAUAUACCUGUACUUGUAUAGUGCUUUCUAGUCUUCCGACCAAUCGGCGCUUUUACACUAUGUGCCACAUUCACCCUUUCAAACACAUUCACACAGCGAUGGCAAAGCCCAUCGAACAGAAACUAAUGCAUUCACACACAUUCACGGCAUCGCAAUUCGGGGUUCAGUAUCUUGCUCAAGGAUACUUCGACUGAUUGAACCAACAACCUUCCGAUUAGGGGACGACCCGCUCUGCCUCUGCACCACAAUGAGAUAGAUUUUAUAGAUGUCACCAUAUCAUCUAUAAAAUUUAAUUUCAACAUGGCCUUUACUUUACUGUCUGCUCGAGAAAAUUUAUGCUCUCUUUCUCUGUAUUAUCCAUUAAGGAGAAUUUUCCUCUCAAAAGCAUUCAUAUCUGCUUUCAGGGAAAAUACCUGGCUGAUUAUUCUUAGUUCCCUUAUAACAUAUCUCUAGUAGUUGAGCAGGAAUUCACUACACGUGCAGCCUUUUUUUUCUGUUGGAACAAUUAAUAAUAUUGUUAAUUAGUUUGAUGUUAAAUUAAAAUGUUUAUGUCAAAUUACUAAUGGUUUCUGAUUGGCUGCUGUUUGUGAUUCCCAAUUAAAGGCUGGAUGUCAAAUUUCUAACCUAUGUGUUUUUAUAACACUCAAAUAUAAUUUCUAUUCACAUGGAUUUUUUUUCUCCCAGAGACAUUAAUGAUAUUGCAACUUUUAGUUAAAUAAAAAGUGUUAUUUGGCAUUUAUUAUGAUGAUGAUCAUCAUAAUAAUCAACAUUCAUAUUAAUUGGAAACAAUUAGCAUUAUUUUGUUUGAUGGGGGGCUAUUAGAGACUAAGAUAAUAGAUUGGGGAUGCUGGCCCCAAAAAAGAGAACCACUGUUAUUUUCACCAAUUAAUAUUAUAUUCUGUUUCUGCAAAAAGAUCCUCCUACAUUUUAUACACUGGACCUUUUUAAGUGAUAACUUUGAUAAAGAUUACGAUAGAGAUAAUACCAAAUACCACAACUGUUCAGCCAGGUGAACCAAGACAGUAACAUUUCCAACAAAACUGCUGAUCUACUACUAAAAUGAGUCUUGUCAGAAGAAUGAAAGUGCUGUGGUGAAACAUAUGAAUAUAUUAUUGAAGGAAUCUGAUAGCAACACUGAAAAGGGGCGAGGCUUUCAAACCAGUAUUUGGACUUUAGCACUGUGGGUUGUAAUGAACAAUGCAACCUGAUAUUAAUUAUUGGUAUUAAUUAACAGGUCUGAAAUGAAGCCAUAUUUAGGGAAAGACCACUUUUGCUUUUGAUAAAUACAAAUUUAAUUGGGCAUCACAGACAAAACGGAGGACACCAAGGCCAACAGUAUUAGGGUUGCACAAUUUAUCAAAAUAUUACCAAAAAGUGCCAUAUCCAAAUCGCAUUUUUUUUGGAACAGUAAAAUGUGUUAAGAAACAGCAUUAUAAUAAGUACUGUAGUUCUACAGAGAUGCCCUGGCCUACAUAUCUGGUUCUCCAGUUGUAAGAAAAUCAAAGAAUCAGGGUGGCUAUGGCUCAGGAGGUAGAGUGGGUCGUCCAGUUAUCAUAAGUUUGGUGGUUAAUUCUGGUUAUGAUAGAAAGGUGUCAGGACACAGUGCAUUGCAGUUUUCUGCGUAUGGGGUGGCAUAACAUUAUGACCACCAGGGUGCCCAGGUGGUCAUAAUGUUAUGGCUGAUGUAAGAUAUAAUUGCUGCUGAUGUACAUUGUGACUUCCUUUUACUGUCUUUGUGUUUGAGAGAUUGUUUCAAGUGACUUCCUGGAGGUGCAAAACAUAGCCGCCAUGUCGGUGACUGUUCAUGAGAAUCGCAAAUCCCGCACCAGCACAGGCUCCAUGAACAUCUCAUUGUUCCAUAAGCCUUCACAUCCUGACAGUGUCCUGACCCAACUGAACACAAUGAGGAAACACUGCAUGUUCACUGAUGUCACUCUGUGGGCUGGGGACCGCUCCUUUCCAUGCCAUAGGGCUGUCUUGGCAGCGUGCAGUCGUUAUUUUGAGGCAAUGUUCAGCGGAGGGCUACGAGAAAGUCUGGACAGUGACGUCAAUUUCAGAGACAGUAUUCACCCAGAGGUCUUAGAGCUUCUGCUGGACUUUGCCUAUUCUUCUCGUAUCAUCAUAAAUGAGGAGAAUGCUGAGUCAUUAUUAGAGGCGGGUGACAUGUUGCAGUUUCAUGACAUCCGGGAUGCAGCAGCAGAGUUUUUAGAAAAAAACCUGCACUCCUCCAACUGCCUGGGGAUGAUGUUGUUAUCAGACGCUCAUCAGUGUAAAAAACUGUACGAGCUGUCCUGGAGGAUGUGUCUGUUACACUAUGAGACGGUAAGAGAAUCAGAGGAUUUCUAUAGUCUGUCUAAAGAUAAACUGCUGGAGCUGAUUCUUAGCGAUGAGCUCGAGAUAGAAGAUGAACAGGUUGUGUUUAACUCUGUGAUGCGGUGGGUAAGAUACGACUUGGAGGGUCGGCGUCACAACGUACCAGAGCUGCUCAGGGGAAUCAGGUUGGCUCUGCUGCCUUCUGAAUGUUUGUUGGAGGCUGUAGCCUGUGAAGAACUGGUUAUGGCUGACAAGAGGAGCAGGUCAAUAGUAGAGGAGGCAAUGCAGUGUAAGAAGAAAAUCCUUCAGAAUGACGGAGUAGUGACAAGUCCCUGUGCUCGACCGCGAAAGGCAGGACACACACUGCUUAUCCUCGGAGGCCAGACCUUUAUGUGUGACAAGUUAUACCAGGUUGACCACAAAGCCAAGGAAAUCAUACCUAAGACAGACCUCCCAAGCCCGAGAAAGGAGUUCAGUGCAUGUGCCAUUGGCUGUAAGGUUUACGUGACAGGAGGAAGAGGAUCAGAGAAUGGAGUGUCUAAAGACGUCUGGAUCUAUGACACUGUCCAUGAAGAGUGGUCUAAGGGAGCACCCAUGCUAAUAGCCAGGUUUGGCCAUGGUUCAGCUGAGUUGGAGAAUAGUCUGUAUGUUGUUGGAGGUCAUACAGCCAUAGCUGGAGUUUUUCCUGCCUCACCAUCUGUUUCCCUAAAACAGGUGGAGCGGUAUGACCCUCUCAGUAAUAAAUGGACUAUGAUGGCUCCUUUAAGAGAUGGAGUCAGUAAUGCAGCCGUGGUCAGUGCCAAACUCAAACUGUUUGUUUUUGGAGGGACCACCAUACACAGAGACAAGGCUUCCAAGGUCCAAUGCUACGACCCUCUGGGUAACCGCUGGAAUAUUGCGGCUGAAUGCCCACAGCCAUGGCGCUACACAGCGGCUGCUGUCUUAGGGAGCCAGAUCUUCAUCAUGGGUGGCGACACUGAAUUUACAGCUGCCUCUGCUUAUCGCUUUGACUGUGAAACCAAUCAGUGGACUCGGGUUGGCGACAUGACGUCUAAACGGAUGAGCUGCCAUGCUGUGGCCUCAGGAAAUAAGUUGUAUGUGGUUGGAGGUUAUUUUGGGACGCAGAGGUGUAAAACAUUGGAUUGCUACGACCCCACGUCAGAUAGUUGGAACUCCAUCACCACUGUGCCUUAUUCAUUGAUCCCCACCGCCUUUGUCAGCACUUGGAAACACUUACCUGCCUAACAGGGAGACACCAGGAGCCAGCCAUUCCAGGUGGUGAUGUCCAGUGAGAAUUAACUGCCAGCUGGAGGAGAAUCUCUGAGACUCCACCCUGCAAUCAACAGCUGGCUACACAGGACCAAUCCUUUCAAACACAAGCUGUACCUCACAGACUUUUAAUCAGUCCUGAGCAGCGUAGUUAACAAGCUAACAGCACAGCACCCUGGUCUUAACACAUAAAGAGAGAAUGUCCAUCCAUCUGAUGAUUCCCAAAUAAUGUGAUGCUACUCAAACAGACACUUUAAUGAACAGAUGCUUUUGUUGAUUUGACUGAGCGUUCACACACACAUCUAUGAGUGUUUUUGUGUCUAUUUUUUUCCCAAACCAAUGAAAUUCACUACUUAAGUCUUCCGGUGUAAAGACAUGAGCUGUAAUUGCAGCUGGAUGAUAACAUUUUUAUUCUUCAUUGGUUCCCCUCAAAAAUGCAGCAAUGCGUUUCCUGUUAAUCCAAAUCCAGUUCUCAUUUCAGGUUGCACUUAACACACUCACUAUAUUUAAUAAUAUUACUACAAUAUCUGCACCAAGAUUUUGAAAGAGAAUUUGAACUGCCAUAUCUUUACUGUAUACAUGAAGAAAAGUGUCUCAUUUUUCUAUUGGUUUACAUUUACUGAUGGAUAAGUACAGCAGUGUACUACUAUGUGUAGUGUGUAACCAUCAGUGUUAUUAGGAACCAUUCAUUUUGAAUGUGGGACUUGUGGGCGGCUGUGGCUCAGAGGCAGAGCGGGUCGUUCCUUAAUCGGAAGGUUGUGGGUUCGAUCCCCGGUUCCUGGUGCCAAACGUCGAAGUAUCCUUGAGCAAGAUACUGAACCCCAAAUUGUUCCCGAUGCCAUCACAUCGGUGUGUGAGUGGAGUGUGUAUGAUUGUUAGUUUCUGUUCGAUGGACAUUGCCAUCACUGUGUGAAAGGGUGAAUGUGGCACGUAGUGUAAAAGCGCUUUGAGUGGUCAGAAGACUAGAAAGGCGCUAUACAAGUACAGGUCCAUUUACCAUUUACUUGUAAGUCAAAGACUGAGGAAUACUAAAUGGUAGGUUUGAGCGAGUAGUCAAACUGAAGUAUUUGGCACAGAUAAUGUACUUUUUAGGUGUCAUCCAACUAAAUUGUUUCAAUCUGUCCAUAAUAUAUAAACUAUUAUAAAAAAAACUUUCUGUAAAUAUUUAUUUUACUGAUUGAAAACAUUGCUCAGUUCAGUUUGUGUAAUUCUGUAAACUUGUUCAACUGAUUAAUCUGAUCAACAGUUGAGGCUUAAUUGAACAACUUCCUCUUAAGCCUUCCGGUUUAGGCACCAGCACCAGCACCACCCAUUUCGAGUACAGAUACAAAUAUGGGCAAUUUAGUUGGUUGAAAAGACACAGAUAACGGUGUACUUGCUCAUCCCUACUGAAUGGUAUUUGUAGUUUCAGGUUUUAUUUGCCUUGUUUGUCAUGUCAGAGGCUCUAAUGUUGCAUCAUCAAUUCACACAUAAACAGCUGCAGCUUGAAAAACAAAAACAAGGUAAAUGUUAUUACUAAGCAUGAAUACAAAUUUGUGGUCAUUCGGUUAUUUUGAACAAAAAGUGAUCCAUUACUCAUCCAAUCCAGUACUCAUUACUCUGCUUGAUGAAAGUCAUGAAUCAUAAGUUGAAAGAUAACAGGACCUCCAGUUUGACCUGUCUCACACAAAGGAAAAAUAUUGGAGGUGUGAAGGUUUGUUCAUUAUUAUUCAUAAGAAUAUAUGCUAGUUUGCGGUGGCAUGAUAGGUCUAAUGACCUGUGGUAACUUUUAAGUGUUUUUUCUCUGUCAGCUCAAGUGCCAAUAUAGACACUAUUUGAUCCUUUGAUUCUUUGUGAAAACAUACUCAGAAUAGUGUCAACAUGUCUUUUAACUCAAAUGGUAAAAAGGGUUGCACUCAUAUAGUGCUUUUCUAGUCCUUCAACCACUCAACUGCUUGUCACAUUCACUUAUUCACACAUCAAUACACUGAUGGCAGCUCAGUGUCAUGCAAGGUGCAACUGCUCAUAAGAAAGAAUUCCAUUCACACAGCAGUGGCAAUUUGGGGUUCAGCCUGGAUGUUGAAGGACACUUCAAUAGGCAAAGGAAGGAGCCAGGGACCAAACUGCAAACCUUCUUAUUACUAAAAAUCCUGCUCUGCCUCCUGAGCCACAGGAAGGUUGUCCUUUUGGGUUAUGAGGUUAGAUCCAAUAUAGGUCCAAAUAUGUCCAAAUCUCAGAUGCAUUAACAGAUUUCUGCUGGUGCACAGUGGAGCUCAUUAGACAUGCCCAAAAACUUUUAAAUGACUGUACUUCGUUCUUACUUUUGCCUUUCCUGAGUGCCAGUGCAAUUGUUGAGAGACCUUUGCUGAGCUUUAAAAAAAAUGUGCCCUAAUACAUUUACACAAUGUAAAAACAUUAGGAAACACCUUUGGGAGCAUGAUCUAUGGAUUUAAUUAAAAGGCACGUAUAACGAUUGAACAUCUCAAGUUGCACAUGGAACUUAAUAUGAAUACUAGGGUAAUGGUACAGGGCUGUUGGUGUCACAUCAGUCACAGUGAAGUCUUAUUUCCGACGACAUGCUAUUUGUGAUUUUUAUUGGACAAAUUUGAUAAGCACAGAACAGCCUGUACAGUGUGUCCUGCAGAGACCGUCACUGCUGUUUGUAAAAUCUCUUUUUUUCUGUUACACCUAUGCAUUUUUUAGAUGUAUCAAUGUUUUCAAUAACAGUGGUGUCUUUGAAGUAUAAAAUAUUUUCUACAGGCUGGAGAUAACACCAGCUGUCAUAAUAUGGAAAAUGGUACAAAAUGAAUGAAAAAGGUUUCUGCAGGACACAGCUACAUUAUGGAUCAUAUGUUGUAUUUUCUCUAUGUUUUUAAUGGUGAAAAUUAAACAUUGAGUCACUUUUUAA